AGGCACGUUACGGUCCCCGCCGUUCUCCACACGCCGCCGCCGCUGGGGGCUGGAGCCCGGGCGCCCCACCCAGCAGGGCGGCCCCACUCACGUGACCCGCAGUUCCCUGCCGUAGCAACCGCCCGGCGCGGCGGCUGUCGCUGGGGUCGGGGCUCUGCGCCCGCCAUGCCCGCGCGCGCGCUGGUGACGCUCCGGUUCGGCCCCUACCGGAGCUGCGGGGUGUUGGAGCACAGGCCCUUCCGCCUGCAGGGCCUGCAAGCUGUGUUACAAGCAGAGGGUCACCAACUUAUUCUAGAAAAGAUACCAGAUUGGAAUAAUGUAGAACUCGUAGUGAAUGGAGAGACUGUUUUCCAGUGCAACAUUAAUGACCUGGACUUUGGAGGUGAUGGCAAAUUGGAUCCACUAUGUGAAGAAGCCAGAAUAGCAGUGCUAAAUGCCUAUUGAUUAGCAGGCACAUGUUCUCUCACACUGGUUUACUGUAGGCCAAGAGAUUAUGUUACAGUGGCAUCAGAAAUGCCAGGAUAAAGGUCAUUCUGUACAUUUUCAUAUCUCUUAGUAUUUCUCUGCAUAAUUUAAUAAAAUAUGGUCAUGUCAAAUAAACAAGAAUGUAUUACCUUC